GGCGCGCUCCGUUCACACGCUCCGCGGCCUGUAAGGCACCGCGAGUUCCGGCUGUCGCCGUCACCGCCGCGGCUCCUGGAGGUCGGUUGCGACGAGUAACGGCGCCGGGACGAGCCCCGCGCCUUCGUUUCCGAUAUGUAUCCGAAUUGGGGCCGGUAUGGCGGGAGCAGCCACUAUCCGCCGCCGCCAGUGCCGCCGCCGCCACCACCGGUGGCGCUUCCCGAGGCCUCGCCGGGGCCCGGGUACUCCAGUUCGACGGCUCCCGCGGCCCCUUCCUCUUCAGGCUUCAUGAGCUUCCGAGAGCAACACUUGGCGCAGCUCCAGCAGCUGCAGCAGAUGCACCAGAAGCAAAUGCAGUGCGUGCUCCAACCCCACCAUCUUCCUCCGCCCCCGCUGCCGCCCCCGCCGGUGAUGCCCGGGGGCGGCUACGGAGACUGGCAGCCGCCUCCGCCACCGAUGCCCCCGCCACCUGGACCAGCCCUCAGUUAUCAGAAGCAGCAGCAGUACAAACACCAGAUGAUCCACCACCAACGAGAUGGGCCUCCGGGUUUGGUUCCAAUGGAGCUGGAGUCCCCUCCUGAAUCUCCCCCUGUACCUCCAGGAUCCUACAUGCCCCCAUCCCAGUCGUACAUGCCUCCACCUCAGCCACCACCCUCGUACUAUCCCCCUUCCUCCGCUCAGCCCUACCUGCCACCUGCUCAGCCGUCCCCUUCACAGUCUCCACCUUCCCAGUCCUACCUGGCGCCCACUCCUUCUUAUUCUUCCUCUUCCUCCUCACAAUCAUAUUUGAGCCAUUCCCAGCCCUACUUACCCCCUUCUCAGGCAUCUCCUUCCCGCUCCUCCCAGGGCCCUUCUAAACCCCAGCUACCACCACCACCGUCCAUCCCUUCUGGGAAUAAAACAGCUAUCCAGCAAGAGCCUUUGGAGAGUGGGGCCAAGAACAAGACUGCUGAACAGAAGCAAGCUGCUCCUGAACCAGAUCCCUCUACAAUGACUCCACAGGAGCAACAACAAUAUUGGUAUCGACAGCAUCUACUUAGUUUGCAGCAGAGGACAAAGGUGCAUUUGCCGGGACAUAAAAAGGGUCUUGUCACAGCAAAGGAUGUACCAGAACCCAUCAAAGAAGAAGCUCCGGGGCCACCUGCCAGUCAGGUAGCAGAACCUCUUGCAGCUGAGAAGCCCCCAUUGCCACCUCCCAGUGAAGAAGCACCACCUCCGCUCUCACCUGAGGAACCCCAGUCAGAAGACUCAGAAGACUCAGAAGAGGAUUCUAGAUUUAAACAGUUGAAGGCUAUAGCAGCACAUUGGCAGGCUGCAGCAGCACAUUGGCAACAGCAGCAGCAGCAGCGAGUCGGCUUCCAGUAUCAAGGAAUAAUGCAGAGGCACACACAGUUACAGCAGAUCCUGCAGCAGUACCAGCAAGUUAUCCAGCACUCACCACACAUACAGACCAUGUCUCUGGAUGUGCAGCUGCGACAUUAUGAGAUGCAGCAGCAACAGUUUCAACAUCUCUUUCAAGACUGGGAGCGAGAGUUUCAGCUGUGGGAGGAGCAGCUCCAUUCCUAUCCUCAUAAAGAUCAGCUUCAGGAGUAUGAGAAGCAGUGGAAGACAUGGCAGGGACAUAUGAAAGCCACUCAGACCUAUCUCCAGGAGAAAGUCAACUCGUUCCAGACUGUGAAGAGCCAGUACCUGGGGAACAUGGCAAUGCCACCUCCGUUUGUUCCAUAUUCUCAGAUGCCUCCACCUCUGCCAACAAUGCCCCCUCCAGUAUUACCUCCAUCCUUGCCACCACCAGUGAUGCCCCCUGCCCUGCCUACCUCCAUCCCACCACCUGGCAUGCCUCCGCCUGUGAUGCCACCUUCUCUGCCAACCUCUGUCCCCCCACCAGGAAUGCCUCCAUCUCUUUCUUCAGGGCCACCUCCAGUUCUCCCUCCACCUGCCCUCUCUUCAGCAGGGUCACCACCAGUCCUUCCCCCACCGGCUCUACCUGGGGGACCACCCAUCCUACCCCUCCCACCAUUAUCUUCAGCCACACCUCCCCCAGGAAUACCUCCCCCUGGAGCUCCACAAGGGAUGCCUCCUCAGUUAACAGCCCCACUUCCACCAGCUUCUGGUUCUCAGAACUCACAGAUCCCAGAGAAACCUAGACAAGCACUGCUUCCCACACCUGUGUCUUUUGGUUCGACCCCACCUUCACCAUAUCACCCUCCACCUCAGUCAGAACAAGUGAAUUCCAAACCUCUGAACAAGGUGUUCUCAUCUGAGCAAGGACUGGGCGAGUCUUCUGCUCUAUCUCAAUCCGUCAUUGCAGCUAAGGACAUGCCAGUGAAGUCAGGUGGACUGCUUGCAGACCCUCCUAAGGGCAGUUUCUUGGAAGGUCCGAGAGGUCCAAGAUUUGAUGGUCCUCGAAGAUUUGAGGAUUUAGGGUCAAGGUGUGAAGGACCGAGACCCAAAGGGCCUCGUUUUGAAGGAAAUCGCCCCGAUGGGCCAAGACCCAGAUAUGAAAGUCACCCAGCAGAGGGCACUAAAAGCAAAUGGGGAACGAUCCCUCGGGGCCCAGCAUCUCAAUUUUAUAUAACUCCCAAUACAUCCCUAAGUCCUCGACAGAGUGGACCACAGUGGAAAGGCCCCAAAGCAACUGUUGGACAGCAGCAUCAGCAGCAGCCUAAGCAGCAACCUAAGUCACAAGCAGAACCUCUUUCAGGAAACAAAGAGCCAUUAGCAGAUACAAGUAAUAACCAACAGAAGAAUUUAAAAAUUCAGUCAGCUGCAUUUUCCAUUUCCGCAGAUGUCAAGGAUACCAAGGCAGCUCAGUCAAAUGAGAAUCUAAGUGACUCUCAACAAGAGCCAACUAAAAGCCAAGUCUCGGAAGGGCCCGUAGAGCCCUCUAAUUGGAACCAGAAUUCUCAAAGUAUGGAGACUGACAUGGACAAAGCAGAAGGUGUUACUCAGCCUGUAUCCCUUGCAAACAAACCUGUACCUACUCAAUCUACUUUCCCCUCAAAAGUAGGGAGCAUGGAGGGAGGAGCCACAGCAGCAGCAUUGACUGCAGAUGAUUUCAAACCUUUGGGUGUUGGUUUGUCCCACUCAGAAAACCACCAAGAAAAAGAUCUUCCUCAGCCAGACAGCAGAGAAAAUAGAUUAGAAGGCAAUAAAGGCAGCAGCUCAUCAUACAGAGGUCCUGGGCAGAACAAAGUGGAAGAGUCACGGGAUAAAGGACUAGUAAACAGAGGUCGUGGCCAGACAAUUAACCGUGGUCCAGGUCUGGUCAAGCAAGAAGAUUUCCAUGAUAAAAUGAUGGGUAGAAGAGAAGACAGUCGUGAGAAAAUGAACAGAGGAGAAGGCAGCCGGGACAGGGUGUUUGUGAGGCCAGGAAGCAGUCGGGAUAAAAUACCAGGUGGCCUACAAGACAGCCAGGACAGUAGAGCCAACAGCCGAGAAAGGGGACCACCUCGCAGGGCUGGCAGUCAGGAGAGAGGACCUCCUCGAAGGGCUGGAAGUAGAGAGAGAGUACCUUCUCAAAGAGCUGGAAGCAGGGAGAGGGUGCCACCUCGUGGUCCAGGUAGUCGAGAAAGGGGGUUAGGAAGGCCAGAUUUUGGUCAUGAUAGAGUUCCAUUCAGACCAGAACCAGGAGAUGGUGGAGACAAAAUGUAUCCUUAUCACCGAGAUGAACCUUCUAGGGCUUCGUGGAACCAUGGAGAAGAGAGAGGACAUGAAGAGUUCCCAGUAGAUGGUAGAAAUGCUCCAAUUGAGCGAGAAAGACUCGAUGACUGGGAUAGAAAGAGAUACUGGAGAGAGUGUGAACGUGACUAUCAAGAUGAUACACUAGAUUCAUACAGCAGAGAGGACAGGUUCUCAGCACCACCAUCACGGUCUUAUGAUGGAGACAGGCGAGGCCCUUGGUGGGAUGAUUGGGAAAGAGAUCAGGAUAUGGAUGAGGGUUAUGGUAGGGAAAUGGACAGGGACUUAGACAGAGAUGUGGAUUGCAUUAGAAGAUCUGUGGAUAUAUAUGAUAGAAAUGUGGAUAACGAGUGGGACAGAGAUUAUGGGAGACCACUGGAUGAACAAGAAUCACAGUUUCGUGAACGGGAUAUUCCAUCUCUUCCACCUUUACCACCCCUCCCACCUCUUCCACCUUUGGAUAGAUAUCGGGAUGAUAGAUGGAGAGAAGAAAGAAAUCGAGACCAUGGGUAUGACCGAGAUUUCCGUGAUAGGGGUGAGUUGAGGAUUCGAGAGUAUCCAGAAAGAGGAGAUACAUGGCGGGAAAAGCGAGAUUAUGUUCCUGACAGAAUGGACUGGGAAAGAGAACUGUUGUCAGACAGAUGGUACCCAUCUGAUGUGGAUAGACAUUCCCCCCUGGCGGAACAUAUGCCAUCCUCACAUCAUUCCUCUGAAAUGAUGGGGUCCGAUGCAAACUUAGACUCUGACCCAGGCCUUGGAGGGGUAAUGGUUCUCAGUCAGAGGCAGCACGAAAUCAUUUUGAAAGCUGCACAAGAAUUGAAAAUGCUUCGAGAACAGAAAGAGCAGCUUCAAAAGUUGAAAGACUUUGGGUCUGAGCCACAGAUGGCUGACCAUCUACCACCCCCAGACUCAAGACUACAGAAUCCAUCAAGACCUGGGAUGUAUCCGCCUCCAGGAUCCUAUAGACCACCCCCUCCUAUGGGUAAGCCACCUGGGUCAAUUGUAAGACCCUCUGCUCCACCAGCAAGAUCAUCUAUUCCUAUGACUAGGCCUCCUGUGCCAAUACCACCACCGCCUCCUCCACCUCCACCACCACCACCUCCUCCUCCAGUUAUAAAGUCAAAAACCUCAUCUGUGAAACAGGAACGCUGGGAUGAAGAUUCUUUCUUUGGGCUCUGGGAUACAAAUGAUGAUCAAGGACUGAAUUCAGAAUUUAAGCGAGACACUGCAACAAUUCCGUCUGCUCCGGUGUUACCACCCCCACCUGUUCAUUCUUCCAUUCCCCCUCCUGGCCCAAUGCCUAUGGGUAUGCCACCAAUGUCCAAACCACCACCAGUGCAGCAUACAGUUGACUAUGGCCAUGGCCGAGAUAUGCCUACUAAUAAAGUUGAACAGAUACCAUAUGGAGAAAGAAUAACUCUACGUCCAGAUCCAUUACCUGAAAGGUCAACUUUUGAUGCAGAUCAUGCAGGCCAGCGUGAUCGCUACGAUAGAGAUAGAGACCGUGAACCUUAUUUUGACCGUCCAAGUAAUAUAACAGAUCAUCGAGAUUUUAAAAGGGACCGAGAGACACAUAGAGAUAGAGACCGAGAUCGUGUUCUUGACUAUGAGCGGGACCGAUUUGACAGAGAGCGCAGACCCCGAGAUGACAGGAAUCAGUCAUAUCGAGACAAAAAAGACCAUUCUUCAUCCAGAAGAGGAGGGUUUGAUAGGCCAUCCUAUGACCGGAAGUCUGAUCGACCACCCUAUGAAGGCCCACCCAUGUUUGGAGGAGAACGAAGAACUUACCCGGAGGAGCGCAUGCCCCUUCCAGCUCCUGCCCUGGGCCACCAGCCACCUCCAGUUCCUCGGGUUGAGAAGAAGCCGGAGUCCAAAAAUGUGGAUGACAUUCUGAAACCGCCAGGCCGGGAGAGCCGGCCUGAAAGAAUUGUUGUUAUAAUGAGAGGAUUGCCUGGCAGUGGAAAGACACAUGUUGCAAAACUUAUCCGGGAUAAGGAAGUAGAAUUUGGAGGACCUGCGCCCAGGGUUUUAAGUCUAGAUGAUUAUUUCAUCGCUGAAGUAGAAAAAGAAGAAAAAGAUCCAGAUUCUGGAAAGAAAGUAAAAAAGAAGGUAAUGGAAUAUGAAUAUGAAGCUGACAUGGAGGAGACUUAUCGCACCAGCAUGUUCAAAACUUUCAAAAAGACUCUAGAUGACGGCUUUUUCCCUUUCAUUAUUCUGGAUGCUAUCAAUGACAGAGUUAGGCAUUUUGAUCAGUUUUGGAGUGCAGCGAAAACCAAGGGCUUUGAGGUGUAUUUGGCUGAAAUGAGUGCUGAUAACCAGACUUGUGGCAAGAGAAAUAUUCAUGGAAGAAAGCUUAAAGAAAUAAACAAGAUGGCUGAACACUGGGAAGCUGCACCUCGUCACAUGAUGCGUCUAGACAUCCGCUCCCUGCUACAAGAUGCUGCGAUUGAAGAAGUAGAGAUGGAAGAUUUUGAUGCUAACAUUGAAGACCAGAAGGAAGAAAAGAAAGAUGCAGAAGAAGAGGAAAGCGAACUGCAGGUAUGUGGUAGAGCCUACCCAACAUAUGCAUACUCUUACCUCUUUGCUGUAAGAUCUCAAAACUGAGUUCUGUUACCUUGAAGCAGAAGAACUUACUGAAUGAAGAGGCAAAGGGCUGUCACUGGCUGCUGGAUUUGUUCUUGUUCUCUCUUGUUAAAUGAUGGCAAAAAUGACUGUGUAGGCAAUGGAUUUUUACCCAGGCUGCCGAGAUACUUAAUGAUGUGAGUUUAAAGUUCUGUGUACCUCCUGUAAGUGCUUUGAUUAAACCUCUGUGGAGAUGUGUCCCUUACUCUGUCACUCAAGAAGUAAAACCUAUAAAAUUACUGAUGUUUCAUUGUUGGCUAAUGAGGUACAUAGAUUAACAAUGCCUUUGGAUAGUAUUGCCUUUAAAAUCCACAGUAUUGCUUGGUUUAUUUGACAUUUCAGCUCUUGCUAAAGUUGCUUCUCCUUACUUCUCUUAAUGAAAAUGUACAAACCGAGAUCCCUGAUUCCUAUUCCCUAAAGCAUAGUCUACAAGGAGUGGUCUCUUUAAAGCCAUGUAUGACAUAGAAGAUUCGUGGUAGAAAUUGUGUUUAUAUAGCAUUGGUGUCGACCUCUACAUUCCUAGAUGUCUUAAAAUGUGGAUUAAAAGCUAAGCUUUAAAGGUAUGGAUAAUUGAGUCUCAGUAUGUUUUUUAAUAGUCUUAUUUUUCUUAAUCAGGUUGCAUUUUGACAUACAUGAUUUAAAAUGUGAGGGGAAAUUUACAUAAAGACCCACACUGCAGUAAUAACCUUACUUGCUACUUGUAGCCAGCACAGGAGAGAUGCACAGUGUUUUGGCAGCUCCAUCUUUGUGGCUUUUUUAUUUUAUCUCACUUGUUUAAAUGUAGUCAACUUGGAGCCUAAUUACAUGUACAAUUACCUUUUAAAGAGAAACAUGUUGCCACACUGUAGUUUUACAUCAGAGAACUGGUAAAGAAGCCUUAAAAUGCUACUCUGCUGAACUAUUUAUUUCCAAGUGGCCUGCUACUUCAGCAGCAGACAGAUGAUAGUUUUAAGAAUGAAUAAAGACAGUUCCAGCAGGGGUAGUGAAGUCUCUUUAUUUUAAUCUAAAGCUUCUUUAACCCAGUCACAUAGCAGAACCCAGCUCUUUUAUUCUUGGAACCUAUCCCAAGGGUAAAAGAUUCCUGGAGAAUAUUAACCAAGGUAAUGUGAACGAGUUUCGAGUUCCCUGUCAUUCAAAACGAUUUAACAGAAAUCUCAGUAAACUUUGCAUUUUCAGUUCUGUACUGGAUGAAAUCCUUAGAGAUUAUUGGUGAGAUAUAUCCCUGCCUUUAGUGCUUCUGCAAACCUAGUCCAUAUGAUUUAGAAUAUAAAUACAUAAUUUCAGUGAUUAGGGUUUUCAGGUGUUUCUAGAUCACACUUAUACAAGUUUUCUCGGUAUUUGUAAACACCAUCGCUUUAGCAGAGCGUUUUCUUGAUUUGAUCUAAAGUGUUUUUGGGAAAUAUGAUGUAAAUUAUAAUCUGAAAUACUACCUACUAAUUCCUAGUUCUGGCAUAAAGACUCACAGUGUAUAAACCUAAAGAUUUCUUGGAGUAAGGGUGCUCAAGAAAACUCUCCUGUAGAGAUUGUUACGCUGUCUCCAGCAGCUUUUGCAACUCAGCUGGGUGUCAGUCUGUUCUGUGACCUUGAACAUUCUCCACAGUAGAGAAGAGUACUCAUUUAAAAAAAGAAAAGAAAGAAAGAAAAGGGAAGCAAAACCAAAAACCUUGAAUCAAUUGGUCUGGUUUACUAGGCCCUAAUAAUAAUGUUUCUGUAUAAUAGGAUCGAUUUGAAAACACAGUCCAAAUAAAGGAAACGGGAGUUAUAAUAAAUGACAUGGAAUAAGCUGGGUAGUAGAAUAAACAUAGUUAUAGGCACCCUGGGACAUUGGAAAAUGUUUGGGGAGUUUGUUUAAGUUACUCAGUUCAAUCUUAUGUAAGCUGUAAAUUGCCUGUGGUAAUUUCUGGUUUUAUCACAUACUAGGAAAUAUAAUAUUACAAGAUAUCAGAAAUAACUCAACUUUCAUCUGGUAAAACAGAAGUGCUCUGAAGUUGAUUCAAUAAAGCCAGCCUUUGUAUGCUGAAACUGGUAGAUGCGUUGAGUCGUUUUAAGUGAGUGUGAGCUCCAUGAUGCGGUAGUUGGGCCCGUUUUCUUUGCAAGUGUUUCAAGUGACACUGAAAUACCAAGUGACCGUCUUGAAGAACACUUUUGGACAUCAUGGCUUCAAUUAUUUGAGAAUAGCAGUUGUACUUUGAAAGUACCUAGCUAGUUUAUAAAUUCUCAGAAUGAUAUUGAUCCUAGCUCAGUAACUGUAUAUUCUUACCAUAAUUGUUGCCCAUCUGCUGUUGAGGGUACAGUUGUGAGUCCUCAACUGUACUUAGCUCAAAGCGCCUUCAUGCUCCUACCCUGAUGACUGAAAUCUGAAGUCUGCAGGGAAGUUUGGUGAAUCUGGUCACUUACUUUCGUCAAGGAUGAUAAAGUUGUGUUUCCAUAGGAUAUAUUUGUAACUAGUGAGUGGGAACUGAAUCCAGUCCCCGUUUUAAUGCUUUUCCAAUUCAAACGUGUUAUGCAUGUAUGUGUCUCUUUCUAACCCUUCGAGCUUCUCUCUGUGUACAAUUUAGGGUUACAUUCCGAAAAGCAAAUGGGAGAU